AAAAGUACAAAGAGAGUUCUGUCACUUUGUGGCUGAGUUUUGCAAACGCUUUCUCCUUUCUUUCUGCUCUGUUUUCUUGGUUGGCUGGUUUUCUAUGCUUUUUUUUGGGUGCUCUGUUUUUGUGCGCCAGUUGAGAUAAAAAGCAGUGAGAGCACAAGAAGAAAAGAAAAAGGGGAAGACGAUGAGCUGCUUUCGCUGCUCGAAGAAAUCAACCAAAGAAUCAGAGAAGAAAAUUACCCACAUCAACACCAACAAACCCAAUCAUCAAGUGAAUACGAAUGGGACUGUGAAAAAGGAACUGGGUGUGGAAAAGGAACUGGGUGUAAAAAAGGAGGAGGCGAUGAAGGAUGACCAGUUAUCGUUGGAUGUAAAGGAGUUGAAUAUAAUAGAGGGUUCCAACGAUGGAAAAACGACUGGCAAGCGGGCACAAACAUUUACAUUUGCUGAACUUGCAGCAGCAACUGGCAAUUUCAGGUCUGAUUGCUUUGUAGGUGAAGGAGGAUUUGGAAAAGUUUACAGGGGUUACUUGGAGAAAAUUAAUCAGGUUGUUGCUAUUAAACAGCUUGAUCGUAAUGGAUGCCAAGGACUUAGGGAAUUUGUUGUCGAAGUAUUGACGCUUAGUUUGGCUGACGACCCUAAUCUUGUCAAACUGCUUGGAUUCUGCGCUGAGGGAGAGCAGAGGCUAUUGGUUUAUGAAUAUAUGCCAUUAGGAUCUUUGGAAAACCAUUUGCAUGGUCUUUCACCCGGAAGGAAUGUGCUUGACUGGAAUACAAGAAUGAAGAUAGCAGCUGGUGCUGCGAGGGGUUUAGAGUAUCUGCAUGAGAAAAUGCAGCCCCCUGUUAUAUACCGUGACCUGAAAUGCUCAAACAUUUUGCUUGGUGAGGGGUAUCAUCCAAAGCUAUCGGAUUUUGGCUUGGCUAAAGUAGGUCCCAGUGGAGAUAAAACUCAUGUUUCUACUAGGGUUAUGGGUACGUAUGGGUAUUGUGCACCGGAUUAUGCCAUGACAGGUCAGCUGACUUUCAAAUCAGAUGUUUAUAGCUUUGGGGUUGUUCUUUUGGAGCUUAUCACAGGAAGGAAAGCUAUUGAUAAUACAAAACCCAUCAGAGAGCAGAACCUGGUAGCAUGGGCAAGACCCAUGUUCAAAGAUCGGAAGAAAUUCUCAUUAAUGGUGGACCCGUUGCUUCAAGGUCAGUAUCCAGUCAGGGGAUUAUACCAAGCUCUUGCUAUUGCUGCGAUGUGCGUUCAAGAGCAGCCCAAUAUGCGGCCUGUCAUAACCGACAUAGUUACAGCGCUGCAUUACCUUGCAUCCCAGAAAUAUGACCCCCGAACCAAUCCUGGUCAAACCUCGAAAAGGGGUCCAUCUUCUCCAAGAUUGAAGAGUGAUGAUGAUAUAACGCAGAUUGGAGGUGACAGGCCAGAGAGAGACUGAGCCGGAGGAUUAAGUUAAAUGUGCCUAGUUAUCAAUUUUUGCAUCAUAGAAGAUAACAGGUACUGCCGCCAUCCUCAAUAUUCAUACACAGAGAAUUUCUGCCUUUUCUUCUCUCUUUUUUUUUUUUUUUUUGCGGUGUACAUGAGAGAUGGCGUAAAGCGGGAGCCUUGUGCACUGGGUACAACCUACAUGAGAGAUGGCGUUUCUUGUAUGUAAAAUGCUUCGUUGUAGGAACAUUUUCCCAUUGGAUUAGUUACCCUUGAUUUCUAUAAAAGUUCCAUUCUUUGGCCGGUUGCCUCCUUUUUCUCUUUUUGUUUCCCACCAGGCGUCUAUGCUUGCGCUUUUGUUUCAAUUUCAUUUUCUAUAGCACAAUAUAGCUGCAAAAUAAUGGAUGUUCUCGUGCACAAGCUUUGUCGUAAAAACAAAGUGGACGUAUCUACUUCCUCUUGUCUCCAUCGAUGCAGGUAAUGCCGGGAACAUCGUUGUUGGAGAGCUUAAGAUGCCUCUCUUCUGGUUAACCCAAUUCAAAGGGGGACGGUGGAGGUUCCAGUGAAUGAUUUGUUAUUGUGUGACAGGGGUUGAGUGUGGUGAGUUUUGAGGGUUUAGGGUUUAGGAGGGUAAAUAUCUUAUAGGCUGCCAAAAGAGCUUCGAGAUUUUUGGCAUCCUUGCACGAGAAGUGCUGAUAGAGCCGUCAAAUGUACUAUGAAUUGUGUCAUUUCAUAGUAACAUUGAACAAAUUUGUAAAAAGAUCUCAACUUUUAACCUUGUUGGUAAAAAGAGGAUAAGAGUUGCAUUUUUGGACGGGGAUGACAUCAAUGUUACGUAUCAUUUAAUUUUA